UAUAUUGCAAUAUUGACAUAUCCUUUAAACCAAAUUACAGUAAGAUCGCAGUGGAGUGCUAUUAAAGAUCCUUCUUGGAACAAUACAUAUAUUUCGUCGUCGUACAAGAUGGUUCACACGACGACUGCUACUUCCGCCGCUGGCGCGUCCGAUCGUUCUCGCAAGGUCGCGAACCCUCCGAAGAUCAGGCCUAGCUUGGUUCCAGGCACUGUAUUGAUUCUUUUAAGUGGGAGCUACAAAGGGAAACGUGUUGUUCUACUCAAGGUUUUCAAGGAAAGUGGUCUUCUUUUAGUUACAGGCCCCUUUUUGUUCAAUGGUGUUCCUCUCAGACGUGUGAAUCCACGUUAUGUUAUAGCCACUUCUACUAAUGUCUUUGAGAUGCCAGAGACCAACGGUCCUCAGUGCAAGGCUGCUGUUGAAGCUGUUGUUUCGAACCUCACUGACGCCUGCUUUGGCAAAACCAAGGAAGUGCGUAUGCAGGAGUUCAAGCUCCGCAAAAAGCGCAGCAAAGAUGCAAUGUUCAUCGAUAAUGCUGAGGUAGAAAAGGUGUCCGAUGAGACUAAACGUAAAAUUAAGGAGAAGCAAGACAACGUCGACAGCAUUCUGACUCCAUUUUUGAAGAACUGUGACAUUUUAUGCCAAUACCUUAAGACCCGCUUCACUCUUCGUGGAGGCAUGUACCCACACAAACUGAAGUUUUAAAUGUCUUCAUUAGCG